AUGUCGAACACCGACUUCCUAGGUCGAGCGAUUGAUACAGUCAAGAAAGCCAUCGAGUUAGACACCGCAGGAAACUACGAGCCAGCAUAUCAACAAUAUUAUGCCGCCCUCGAACUAUUCAUGCUCGCUCUCAAAUGGGAGAAAAAUGCAAAGUCGAAGGAGAUGAUCCGUGCGAAGACCGGAGAAUAUAUGGAGCGAGCUGAGAAGCUCAAGGCGCACAUACAGAAUCAAACAGACAAGCAAAAACCUGCGGCGAUGGGUGCUAAUGGCAAAGCCAGUAAUGGCGCAGGUGCUGGUAAAGAGGAUACUGAGGAAGACGCAGACUCGAAGAAGCUGCGAGGUGCGCUACAAGGCGCCAUAUUGACAGACAAGCCAAAUGUGAAGUGGGAGGAUGUUGCAGGUCUGGAAGGAGCAAAAGAGGCACUAAAAGAGGCAGUCAUAUUACCCAUCAAGUUUCCACAUCUAUUUCAAGGAAAGAGACAACCCUGGAAAGGUAUAUUACUCUACGGCCCGCCAGGAACGGGAAAGUCGUAUCUCGCAAAGGCGGUGGCAACAGAAGCGAACAGUACUUUCUUCUCCGUGAGCAGUUCCGAUCUAGUAAGCAAAUGGAUGGGUGAGUCAGAACGAUUGGUCAAACAGUUAUUCAACAUGGCAAGAGAAAAUAAACCAGCGAUCAUAUUCAUCGACGAAGUAGAUGCGCUUUGCGGACCAAGAGGAGAAGGCGAAUCAGAGGCAUCAAGGAGAAUAAAAACUGAAUUACUGGUACAAAUGGAUGGUGUAGGUAAGGAUUCGAAAGGAGUGCUGAUUCUGGGCGCAACAAAUAUACCCUGGCAGUUGGACGCUGCUAUACGGCGACGUUUUCAAAGAAGAGUGCAUAUUUCAUUACCCGACAAGCCUGCGCGCAUGCGCAUGUUUGAACUAGCGGUCGGCGACACAAAAUGUGAGCUCACUCAGCAAGAUUACAAGACUUUGGGAGAUAUGACCGAAGGCUACUCUGGCUCUGAUAUCAGCAUUGCUGUGCAGGAUGCUCUAAUGCAGCCCGUGAGGAAAAUUCAGCAGGCCACACAUUAUCGACCGGUCGAGGUUGAUGGCGUAGAAAAGUUCACACCAUGCUCACCAGGCGCACCAGGAGCGAAAGAAAUGACAUGGAUGGAUGUCGAUGGAGAAAAGCUACUCGAACCACCACUAGUUGUCAAAGAUUUUAUUCGUGCUAUCAAGGCUAGUAGACCAACCGUCAGUGGUGAAGACUUGAAGAGGAACUCGGAAUGGACAGCUGAGUUUGGUUCGGAAGGAGCAUAG